AUGUUUAAAGCGUUAAUUUCAAGAGAAUACAAUUUAAAUAACAAAAGUGACAGAUUGGACAAGAUAUUUAUAAAAAAUAGGAUAGAGUCGUUAGACUUGAGUUCUCGUCAUGAAUUUGAAUCUUGCCACACUGCCAACGUCAAUUGUUGUGACCUGGAUCCCAACGGCCAGAGAUAUUUGCUAUCUGCUGCUGGCAAUGGUAACAUAUUCAUACAUGAUUUGCACACUCCUCCAUCCUCAUCUUCCUCACCAAGAAUAUUCAAAGUUGUAUCAAAAAUAGAUGCCACCAAUGAAGAUAGACAUUAUUUUUCAGUAGGCAGCAUUCAGUGGUAUCCCCACGACACAGGCAUCUUCACUUCAAGUGGGCGCGAGAAGUUGCUGAAACUAUGGGAUUCUAAUAAUUUAAAAGUUGUCACUCAGUUUACAUUUGAAGAGUGUGUUAAUUGUCACAAGAUGGCAGGCUUCAAGCCAAUAAUUGCUGUGGGCAGUGAUAGUGACAAGAUUCAACUCGUUGACAUCACAUCUGGGUCUUUCUCACAUAAAUUGACAGGCCACAGUCAAAGAGUUGUGCUUGACCUCUACUGGUCAGCCAGCAAUAACCACCAUCUUUACUCUGCUGGAAAAGAUGGCCAUAUAAUCUUAUGGGACAUCAGAAGAUCAAAAAGUUGCUUGUUGAAGUUUGACAAGAACAACACCAGGUUUAAUGACAAGGCAAGUCCUAACCCCAAUGGCAGGGCCCACGAUGGGGUGGUCAACAGCAUUCUACUCCUUCAAGAUGGCCUCCACCUACUCAGUUUCGGAACAGACAACAACGUGAGGCUGUGGGAUUCACAAUCAGGGAAAAACCUGCUCUGCAACUAUGGAAUGAUCGCAAAUGAUUCGAAAGUUGGACUGAGGAUGGCGUGUUGUGACCGAUAUGCGUUCGUUCCUAACUCAGAAAAUGUCACUAUAUUGGAUGUGUUCAAUGGCACGCAGAUAAAAACUCUGCAGGGACAUUUCAAGCAGGUGAACUGUUGCCUCUUCAAAUCCGACCAAUACGAAUUGAUAACUGGAGCACGUGAUCGAAACAUUCUACUCUGGGACGCUUUCUCUCAUGACGAUGAUGAUGAUGGUGAUGCUGAUGACGAUCGCAAAAAACGAUUAAAAAGCGUUCGAAACGCACCGGAGGUUAAGAGAAAUAUUAGGGACUUAAACAAUGAUGUUGGUUUCAACAGAUUUUCGGAAGACAAUUGGAGCGAUGUGGAUGAAUAA